AUCAUCAGUAAGGCGCGAGUCACCGCGGGGAAUGCGCGUGUGUCGGUGCAUCGGACGGGCUCCGAAAAUAUUACAAAAUGUUUCACUGAAUUCGUGAUCAAGUGUUAUAGUUAUGUUGGUGGAAAAACUUAAUAUCUUCAUGUUGAUUGUGAUGUGCGUUGGGAAAGUUACAAAUGGAGACGCCGAACAAACGACCAAGAAGGAGACGAGACCUGAAUACAUCCACCCAGAUGGUCUUCUCAACUUCGAUCCUUACCUCUCAGACAUCAAGCCAGAGGAGGACGAUGACUACAUACCUCUACCAGAGAACGACGAGACGGUAGACGGGCUACCAAUAUUCCUACUAGAACCUAAAAAUUCUUACGUUCUUAGAACAAAACCAGCCAGCCUCCUUUGCCGUGCUGCGAAUGCUCUUCAAGUUUUCUUCGAGUGUAAUAAAGUGAGAACUGAUAAAACCAUUCAAUUGGAGCACGUAGACCCUCAGAACGGAAUCAGGGUGGUAGAAGCUGAACUGAAUGUUAGCAGGAAUGAGCUGGAUGAGUAUUUUGGAGGGAAGUAUAGCUGUGAGUGCAAUGCUUGGAAUAGUAGAGGGAAGAUUCGGAGUCAAGCUGUGUACAUCGAAUAUGCAUUCAUAAAGAAGCAGUUCAUCCAGCAGCCUCAGUCAGCGACAGUAGAGUCGGGUCGCGGGGUGACGUUCCGCUGCAUCCCUCCGCUAGCGGCGCCUCCGCCAACCCUCAAAUGGACGAGGAAUGGAAUAACAAUAGAACCUACAGAUGAAAACCUGGUGCUGCCGAGAGUUGGUUUACAGGACAUGGCGAACUACACGUGCAUAGCUGAGAACAUCGCCGGUCGCCGCGAGUCGGACGUCGCUGUUCUCUCUGUUUACGUAAAUGGAGGUUGGUCGGACUGGUCUCCAUGGAUGCAAUGCCAAUGUGGCUCGCAGUCAAGUGGGAGGCGACGCACGAGGACUUGCACAGAACCAGCCCCUGCUAACGGAGGGGCGCCGUGUAGAGGGCAGUCAUCACAAAACGAUGAUGAUUGCAUGAGAUGUCAGAACGGAGGCACGUGGUCUUCUUGGAGUGCGUGGUCCACUUGUGAUGGAGACUGCAUCAGAGUGCGCAGACGGCAAUGCACCGGAGAGUGCUCUGGGUCUACGCUUCAACAUGCCAACUGCUUAGACGGGAUGUGCUCUGCAGGCCUUAGAUUGUACAACAAUGAUGUGACCCUGUAUGUGGGCAUCGGCAUCACAGCGGGCACGCUCCUAGCAGCAGCAGCUAUACUGUACGUGUGGUGCAAGUUCAGGAACACCAGGCCAGGGUACUCCGCAGCUAGAGUUGGUACACCUAAAACCCGCCCUGGUCGAGAUAAAGGCAAUACAGCGCCGGAUCUGACUCGAACCUGCAACGAGUACUGGAUGGGGGGCCCCGACAACCACUACGACAUGCCCCAUGUGAGAGACAGCUAUUCCUCGCCAUUCGGCAACAAGAGCAGGCAGCAGUCUUCUCAAGGCAGUAAUCAUUACGAGAUGAAGCCGUACAGUCCUUCGGGAGACUCCGCUUCCAGCUGUUAUACUAAUUCUCGAACUAUGACGUCACGCUCUAGUGAGUGCUCAUCCCCCCUAGAACUGAUGCCGACCCCACAUUCGAAGGUGGACGUAGCAGUAACAUUACCCGUGGGACAACUGGACACAAGUUAUAGAGAUAAGAUAUGCCUAACUAUUGUCAAAUAAUGUUUUAUUUAUGACUAUUACAACGAUUAUUCUGUACAGGUCCGUAGUUAGUACAUAAUUUGGGGGUCAAAUGUUCACGAAUAAAUAGACGAUGAUUAACUCUUAUAUAUUAUUGUAAUUUCUAAAAAAAAAAUAUGUUUUGUAUUUUUUAUCGAAAGUGAAUGUAUUAAGGUAAUUACUACUAUCUAAAAAGUGUUAUCGUUAUGUAAAGAUACUACCUUAAUAUACUUAAUAGAGUAUGAUAUGUCAAGCGCCUGAUUGACGAGCUUGAGAUAAGCUUGCGGUGAAUAUUCUCUAUUACACGCACCUCGUUGUUCCUGAUCCGAGCACAUAGUUAAUCUUCAGAGUUAAUUCAUAUUUCUACGAGUACAAAAAUAAAUCGAGAAGUAGAAGUACUCUAACGAAAUAAUUAUUUAAAAAUAGUAAUCACAAUAUUUAAUAAAGUAUUUUUUCUUUUUGGUAAUUAAUUUUAGAACGACAACAUAAAAUAAUUUCAAAGGUGUUCUAAUAAUAGUAAUUUUUCUCAAGUAUUCUCACUGAAUACGGACCUGUUUACUUAUAAAAUUAUUCUAAAAUGCAUGAAAAUAUGUUGCUUAUACUAUGUUUUUUUACUUUAAAUUAAGAUGUAGUUUAUAACGAAUGUUUGUGCCUACCUCGCGGAGGAGGAGCGUGUAUAUAUUACGUAGAGAAUUAUUUUUGUAAAUGUUAGCGGUUACUUAGUAUCUAAAGAUAUGUAUUAAGUUUUAUUAACCCUAAAAUAGUUUUUUUUAGUUUACUAAAAUUUAGGAUUUACAAUGAAAGGGGGUGAAGAGAAUUAAAGGCUGCAUAAUAUAUUUAGAUUUUAUUAAAUUAAUAAACAGAUUGAAUAUAAUUCAGAUCUGUAUGCAGAGCGGAAGCUACAUAGAGUUGCUUAUACCUAUAAUAUAAGAUAAAAUUAUCUUCCUGGGGAACAUGAUAUCUGUAUCCGAGAAAUGUAUUGAUUGUAAUAUUAAAGAAAUCGAUGGUGUUGAUAAAGGUUGUUUUGUGUAUUAAUAUAAAUUUUAAUUCUGUUCACCCUCUUUUUCUCUAUAUUACGUUCCUUUAUCAGAUAAAAAAACAUUGUCACAAAAUAAAUUUAUUACAAAACGAACUAAAAUAAAAUACAAUUUUUAUAUUCCUUUUUUUAGUUAAAUUUAGAAACAAAAUCUUCGAUCAUUAUAGCCCAUUAACAAAGUACUUAUGGAUAAAAAAUAUACAUUUAAUAUUAAAAAUACAUUUUGGACCAAUGGCUAAAUUAAAGUGGUGCAGUUUGUCGCAGCUAUGGCGCUUUGGCAAUAUUGGAAAUUAACAAAGUAUCAAUAAAAAAUUGCUUUUUUAAUACAUUUUAUUGUUUUUGCUAUAACUGUUUCCUAGUUUAGAUAGUACUAUUCUCUCAGGAAACCACCUUAAAGUCAUAAGUUGCUGUUGCCUAUUUUGAAGACGAAGAUUUUUAGAGGCCUAAAUAUCCCUCCCAAUUAUAUCCCUUCUCCCUAUCUUAUAAAUAACGUUGCAAGCACAUUUGUUCGGCCUAUAUGGGAUUACUAAGCGACUUAAAAUGUAGAGACAAGUUUGUUCGUUUGUCGGCCUAUUCUAUAUGAAAAUAAUCCAAGUGUAAAAGAUAACGAAUAGCAAAUUGUUGACGCGCCGAUUCACAGACUGAAAAUAUAUCAAUACGUCGCACAAAGCUAUUUCAGUGUAUAUCGAUAGUAUAAUUUUACUACAGCCAUGUAUUUUUGCUGGUGGGGUAUUGGAUAUAAUUUUUAUUGUAAAGUAACCAGUGAAUUUGAGGAAAUACUGCCAUUUUGACAGUUGUGUUAUCAAAUAUCUUUCUACCAGCAUUUUUUGUUUCUAAGACUGAUUCAGAUCACUGCCAAUGCAUUUAAUUUCUCAUUUGCCGUAUUUAUAUGUACAUAAUGUAUUUUAAUCUGUGAUAUUUUAAUAAAGUAAUGCGUAAUA